ACCCCAAACAAACACUCGCCGGCCAUCUCCCCUAACCCCACUGCACCUCGGAGACAGAAAAACCUCACGCGCCUCCCACGCGCGGCCGGCCACCAUCCAUCAAAUGCCCCCUCGCCACUGCCGCCGCUAGCCGCUAGCCUCCAUGGACCGGGCCUCCGAGGAGCUGGAGCGCCGCAGCCGCUACCUCAGCUCGCUCGUCCGCCGCACCAAGCUCGCUGACCCGCCCGAGCCCGAGUCCGAGCCGGAGCCGGAGCUGGAGCGGGAGAGGGAAGUGGUGCCGAAGGCGGCGGCGGAGCCCGGUGCUGGGGAGGGGAAGGGCGGGGAGGUGGUGGAGGCGAGGGAGGAGAAUAAGCAGGCGAAGGAGAAGGAGGCGAAGGCGCCCAAGGGCAAGGGGGAGGGGAAUGGGGAGGAGAGGAAGGUGGCGGUGCGCGUGCGGGCGGCCGACAUGCCGCCGGGGCUGCAGCGCCGCGCGAUCCGGGUCGCCCUGGAGGCCAGCGCCGCCAUGCCGCGGAUCGACAGCAAGCGUCUCGCGCUCGCGCUGAAGAAGGAAUUUGAUACAGCGUAUGGGCCUGCUUGGCACUGCAUUGUUGGCACAAGCUUUGGUUCCUACGUUACCCACUCCUUGGGAGGUUUCUUGUACUUCUCUGUUGACAAGGUAUACAUCCUUCUCUUCAGAACCGCUGUUGAACCACUAAGCUACCCACGAUAAUAUGGAGUAUCUUUCUACUAAAACAGAAGUGUAGAUUCGGUGCAAUUUGUAAUUCUGAACAGAUGAUGUAUUAGAUGCUCAUCGAGCAGUAAGCUUGGGUAGAGGUAAAUGGCCACUUCUCUACAUGCUAAACCGUAAAGCAACCAAGCUUCUGUAACUGCCAUGUACUACGUGAGCUCCUGAUGUGUAAACUGUUGCACUUUUGACUUGCAAA